GCAAGCUAUCAGGACGACUCCUCUCCAAAUAUGUCUACCCAAGCCCCAGACCUGCCAGCUUGGACUGCCCAUAAAUCAAAAAGUUAAAGCAAUGCCACUAAUUUAACUUAAUCCUAAAUGGAAAUCAGUCUAAGUGCUGUUUGUGUGUAUGUGAGCAGACCCUGAACAAAGAGUGCUGCUGGCUGCUGGCUGACAGAGGGUUGGGUCUGCUCUCCCGGCUGCGAUUUUCAGACACAGGACCAGAAUCGGAAACAAGGCAGCAGCAGCAGCAGGAGGAGCAGGCUCGUGACUGACAACAGCCUGAGCUGAAGAGGGGUCCCAUUCCUGAGAGUGCCACCAUGGGGAAGGACUACUACAAGACCUUGGGCAUCCCCAAGGGCUCCAACGAGGAGGAAAUCAAGAAGGCCUACCGGCGCAUGGCGCUCCGCUUUCACCCAGACAAAAACAAGGAUCCUAACGCAGAGGAGAAGUUCAAGGAGAUCGCAGAAGCCUAUGAGGUGCUGAGUGAUCCCAAGAAGAGGGUGGUCUAUGAUCAGCUGGGAGAGGAAGGCUUAAAAACAGGAGGCAGCAGCUCUUCAGGUCCUCCCGGCAGUUCAUCGUACCACUACACUUUUCACGGAGAUCCCCAUGCCACCUUUGCCUCCUUCUUCGGUGGCUCCAACCCCUUUGAUAUGUUUUUCGGCUCCAACCGCAGUCACAGUCGCUCCAAUGGCUUUUCCUUCCACAACGACCACAGCAAUGACACGGAGCAGGAUGCGGAAAUGGACGAGGAUGAUCCUUUUACCCAUUUUGGGAGGCAGUUUGGCUUUCCGGGGGGGAUGAACAAUGGCUUCCCAGGGGAAGGCCGCAGGAGGAGAGGUGUACCAUCAGAGCGCCUCGGGACCAACCGAAAGCAGCAGGAUCCUCCGGUCGUCCACGAGCUGAAGGUCUCGCUGGAAGAGAUCUUCCACGGCUGCACCAAGCGCAUGAAGAUCACGCGCCGCAGGUUGAACCCAGACGGACGCAGCAUGAGGACGGAGGACAAGAUCCUCAACAUUGUCAUCAAGAAAGGCUGGAAGGAGGGGACCAAGAUUACUUUCCCAAAGGAAGGGGACGAGACCCCUGAGAACAUUCCCGCCGACAUAGCGUUUGUGCUUAAAGACAAAGGGCACGCCCACUUCAAAAGAGACGGUUCCAACAUAAUCUAUAACUGCAAGAUCAGCCUAAAAGAGGCGUUGUGUGGCUGCACAGUUAGCAUUCCCACGCUGGAAAACCGCGUCAUCUCCCUCCCUUGUCACGACAUCAUCAAGCCAGGGACGGUGAAACGACUCAGAGGUGAAGGCCUGCCUUUUCCAAAGAACCCCUCACAGCGUGGUGACCUCAUCGUGGAGUUUUCGGUCCGUUUUCCCGACAGGAUCCCCCCUCAGUCCAGAGAAAUUAUCAGACAACACCUCCCCCAGUCUUAGAAAGACACAUCUCUAACUCUCGUCCUCCUCCACCACAAACUCCAGACUAAACCUGAGGAAAAAAACUACCUUAACACUCCUUCAUCUACUCCUUCUUUGUUUGUAGUUACCCUCAUGUCCCUGUGAAUGAAUACAGCUUUGAACAUGUGCUGUGAUAAUUUAGGGACUUCACAAAAGGAAGAAUGGCAGUAUCAGGAUGUAAAGUACUCAUAUUUAUUUUGUCUUUCAGCCCAAACGCACGCACACACACAUACAAACACACACACACAAGCACCCCGAGAAGCGGAGCGGUGCUGAGGAUGGGCUCAGCACGAUUGUGGUUUUUAAGGGAACCUCUUUUCUUAACUGUUUUAUACGGAUUUAUCAGUGGUUUUAUAUGCCGUCCGACUCUGAUCCUCGUCUUUUUGUGAUAGGAUAAAGCGUGAAAUAUUUUAUAAAGAGAAACAGGAUUUUGUUUUCCAGACAUGUCAAAAUAGGAUUGCUUAAUUUUUACAUUAAGUGUACCAGCAGCUUCAGUGGUUUUUAGUGGUUUUUCGCUUAGCCCUUCCUUUGGCACAUGCAGGGUUUUUUUCUUUUUUCUACCCCAUGCUUUCAAUCUAAUAAAGAAUUGUGCUUGAAAGUCUGUAGGCCAUUAGUAUGAUCUGUCUCCCCUAAAAUAUCCCUACACAUGCAGUGCCCCAGAGCUCUAAAAACUCCUGCAUUACUCCAAUAAUAUUAGCAUAGUUCAGCUGCAAUGGAAAAAUCUGGGAAUGACAAUCACGUAACUGUAACAGCAGAGUAAGUUUAGAUAUCUGCACAAUAUCGGUGCUUUCCCUUCUGAGCUGUGAACUGAAUAGCCUGGCUCAAUAUCUGAGGGACAUUUAGGUGCCUUAGCCCGGUGUCAUACCACAUAUGUGAACACACAUACAGGUCACACUAUAAUAAAGACAAAUAGCCAUGACCACAACACAUGAUGCCCUAUGCUGUGUUAGGCGUUACCACCAGGACCUGGUAAUUUUAUAAAAAAUGAAUUAAAAAACUGUAAGCAAGCUAUGUAUAGGAAUUCACCUUACUGUACUGUAUGUAAGAAUGAUCAUUUGUAGGAAGUGAUUUGAUACAAGACUGAUGAUUUUUGCCAAUUCGUCUUUGUAGAGUGCCAUACGAGUAAAGGCUGGAUUUCCCAGAGGAAUGCAAGCAUGGCGUUUGACCGAUGGGUAAGCCAGCUUUGUUGUGGGAUAUUCUGCUUUCUCUUGUGGCAUUUGAAGGCCAUGUCUCGGUGCUACUGUGAGCAAUGCCAAAAAGUAGACCGCAUUGUUGUCUACUUUUUUGGUUACAUGGAGUCCUCAGUUUCCGAUGUGAUAAAUGCCUCUGUUCUCUAACAGCUGUACAUCAAACGUUACAAACUGUACGUAGUGCAAAUAGAAAAACUGUUCUCUGUCUCAGCUGCAGGGGACGCCCUUGAGCUCUUCCUCGCUGUAAUUUGCAGCAGUGGUGAGAAUAUGUGUGGGUUAUGCUGACAGUCCUAGCAGGUCGUAUAAAUGAGGUGUACAGGAAAAUGUUUGAAUGCUUCGUGUUUGAUAAAUGCACUUUUAUGUUGUGAAAGACAACUAUGAGAUGAUAUGGGGUUUUUUUUUUUCUUUUUGGGGGGAGACUUGAAUGACUUGUGUGAUGGUCCUAUGGCAACAACCAGGCUUAACAAGUGCUGCUGCUGCUAAUCAAAGACUCACAUACACUGCUUAUUGUGCAUAUGCCAAUAUCUAUGAAUUUUUCAAAAUGAAAACAAAUAAACCAAAUGUGUGAAGUUA